AAAUAGUAGAUCAGCUUCUUCAAUUUGCUAAUUCAUAUGAUGAAGGUGAAUGUUUAGCGCAAGACGGUACUUAUAUUUGCUCUCAUAAUAUGUCAAUAUGCAGCAAUCAGAAAUUGGGAAAUUCUGGCGAGCGUACCAGUUUUUUAGGCGGCCUGAGGCUGAAUUAAUUCGCACAUUGACUAUAAUUCAUCCACUUCCUAGAAUCAUCAACACAUUCAACCAAAAUGUUGAAUCUAGAGUUUAGUGAUACCAACAUCACGGAACAAAAAAUCUUUAUAGGCGGCAUCUCGUGCUUUUUGUACAAUGCCAAUACUCUCGCUCCGCAUAUCGAGGAACACAAUACCCACACAGAGGUGACUGACUUUAUUCCUAUAAACGUAUUAUACUUGGCCCACCAUAGAGGCGGUGAUUACACCUACAUGAGAGGAGUUGCCUCAAGAAUCUUGACGAAAACCACAGGAUCUUUGAAAGCUCCCAUGAUCGCAGUGGCUUUUGACGCCAGAAACCACGGGGAGCGUGAAAUUGAAAAGGUGCGUAACUCCGGCUGGAAAUCAAAAAACGAUACCCAUGGAAUGGACAUGCUUUCGUGUAUAGAAGGAGGUGUCCAAGACUUAAAGCUUGUCAUGGACUAUAUUGGAUGCUACCUUGACUUAGAGCGGUUUCUUAGACCAGAAUUGAAAGAAAGGGGGGUCAAAAUUCAAUACAAUAAUAUUUUGUCUGGGUUUUCACAAGGCGGCCACACGGUCAUCAGAUUUGGCAACAGGUACCCUGAAAAUGUUUCCAUUAUCAAUCCAAACAUUGGUUGCUCCGACCUAAGCACACUUCUUAUCAAUCGAUUGAAAGGGACUAAACUGUUUGAGAAAAAACUAUUCUACAGCUCAUACGAGGAGCUCGACUUGACCGAUAGCCAAAGCAGGCUAUAUCCUGAGGCUUUUCAUAAUAAGCUUAGUUCCGAAGAUGCGCAGAUAUUCGAAGACUACCCCUUUGAAAAGAUCAAGUUAUUCGCGUCAUUCUAUGAUAAGGAUCCGUUGGUGCCACCGUCAAUUUCAAAGUUGUGGUCAGAAAUGUACCUCAAUUCGAAUUUGGCGUCCGAGGUAUUCUUCGAAGUGGGUGCCGUCCAUGACAUAACAGUGAACAUGAUAGACAAGUUUGCUCAAUGGUUGACAAAGGUCGCAUGAUUAUACAAACCUCGAUAAUGAAGGUGGUGUGAUGGCAAUCUAAAUUACACAUCGCUCUAUAAUUUGGACACGAAUAAAUAUGUAAAACUACCUUUGGAAACUUAAGAUUUCGUGUGUGGCUCGCCGCACAAUUCCUGCUUCAAUCAGGUUGGCGGUCUAAUUUGUUCUGUUUCUUCUGUUGGCUUAUGUGAUAAAAACAGUGGCAAAUUUAUGAAUUCACACCAUUAAACAUUACGUAGAGAUAUCAUUGCCCUAAUCUUACUAUCAUUUCCUCGAGAUUCAUCGAUGUGCGGGCGCUUGUCAGGGGUAAGCGCGGGCUUUUCCGUCUU